AGCUCAGCCCGAGCCGAGACCCAGGGAGUAGGCCUGCUCUUCUCCUUCCACCUCCGUCUCGAUCUCCCCCAUCCCCCGCGCCACCCGCUCCCGGUUCGUGGCCGGCCCUCAGCCAUAUACGCAAAAUGGCCUCGCCGCCCCCCCGACGCCGAUUCACAUUUCAAGGCACGCAAAGACAGUACGUCGAAUAUUUGGAAAAAGAACUCCGUUCAUGGCGGUCCCGUGCGAGAAGCGCAGAGAAGCAAUUGGCUGUCCUCCGAUCGCAAGCAGCGACACAACAUUCAAUUCCCGACGGGAUUCUGGACCUCUCCUUUAAAGUAGAAACCCCAGAGACCUUCAAUUACGACAACAGCACACCAAUCGAGGGACCAAAAUGGGAAGCCGCAACAUCCGAUUUCCUGGCCCGAGUGCCCACUACGAAAGCGCAAUGGCUCCAAAGGAGGAUGGAGGUCCAGCUUUCCACGCCGGAACAAAUCAUCAACGCCUUCCACCUCCUCACCUUUCGCCGACAUCAAACGCGUUCCUCCUACCCUAGUGUUGAAUUGGCGGCCAGUCCUCUCGAGGCCGUUGGUGCGUACAGAGACCUCCUUAGCUUCCUCCAAAGGGCCAGCAGGAGUUCAACGCAACUGUACAACUACAGCCAAUUGUUGUUUUUCUGUGUCUGCUGUGUCGCCCGGGGGAAUGGACUCACCGUCGAGGAGGUGGACGCGAUCGUCAAGAAACAACUGCCAGAACGUGAGGCGAGCUCGAAAUACAUGUCGAGACUUCGAAGAGCUGCCCAGUGGACGGCUCAGUUAAUUGACGAGUUAGAAGACAUACUGGGACACUUGGCCCCUUCGCUCUUUCUGCUCUUGGGUGGUCCCGCGAUGAAAACAUAUCGCGAGUAUACAACAUGGGCUGAGACGGCGGAGUACCUCGCUAGAGAGAUCAAAGCGAAGACCAAGCCUCUCCUGCUGAAGCCACCUGACGAAGCACGCGUUUCCUUUUCUCCGGCAUUUCUAAUCGCAUACGUCGGUCCAUGGACGUGAGUCAACCUCUUGGUAUCAACCUACCAAAUGCCAACUCAAUUUAGUCUCGACCAGGUAAAUUCUGCCCUCGGGACAAGCCUUACACGAGAGAAAUACGACGACAGAAUUCGGACUCUGCGGGAAACAGAGGCUUUUGCUUGGGGGUCGUGUAUGAGG